AGCUUAGUUUUAAUUCCAACACCCAUCGAUUUAUCUUUGAUCCCAAAGGCAUAGCAAUUCCAAGAUUGUGGAACUUUGAGGUCAAACAAUGUUAAGGAAUAUGGCCAAUGUUUGGCCAUGCCUAGUGUAUGCCUUGGCAUUAAGCUUGAUGGCUAAUGUGGUAACUGCAGAUUACGAGCCCUAUUAUCCAUCACCGCCACCCCCACCCUACAUGUACAAGUCACCGCCACCUCCACCUCCUUACAUUUACCAGUCACCACCACCUCCACCAUAUGUUUACAAGUCUCCUCCACCUCCAUCACCAUCACCUCCUCCUCCUUAUGUCUAUAAAUCCCCACCUCCACCAUCUCCAUCACCACCACCGCCUUAUUAUUAUAAGUCACCACCGCCACCAUCACCAUCCCCUCCACCUCCAUACUACUACAAGUCCCCACCUCCACCAUCACCAUCACCACCACCGCCUUAUUAUUACAAGUCACCACCGCCACCAUCACCAUCCCCUCCACCUCCAUACUACUACACGUCUCCACCUCCACCUUCACCAUCACCACCACCACCUUACUACUACAAAUCACCACCUCCCCCAUCUUCAUCCCCUCCACCUCCAUAUUAUUACACAUCUCCACCUCCACCUUCACCAUCACCACCACCACCUUACUACUAUAAGUCACCACCACCACCACCACCAUCCCCACCACCUCCAUACAAUUACACAUCCCCGCCUCCACCUUCACCAUCACCACCACCACCUUACUACUACAAAUCACCACCUACCUCAUCUCCAUCCCCUCCACCUACAUACUACUACCAGUCCCCACCUCCACCAUCUCCUUCACCGCCACCUCCUUAUUACUACAAGUCACCACCACCACCAUCACCAUCUCCCCCACCUCCAUACUACUAUAAGUCCCCACCUCCACCAUCUCCUUCUCCUCCACCUCCUUAUUACUAUAAGUCACCGCCACCACCAUCGCCGUCCCCUCUGCCUCCGUAUUAUUACAAAUCACCACCACCACCAUCACCAUCCCCUCCGCCUCCGUACUACUAUAAGUCUCCACCUCCAUACUACUACCAGUCCCCACCUCCACCAUCUCCUUCCUCUCCACCUCCUUAUUACUACAAGUCACCGCCACCACCUUCUUCAUCCCCACCUCCCCCUGCAUAUUAUUACUACUCUCCUCCACCUCCUCCUGUUUACUAAGAAAAAGACAGCUCAAUUUUAAGUUCAUGUUACAAAUUAAUGAAGAGAAUAAUAGCUCCGAGACUUAGUGUGAUGAUUCUUGGGGUUCGCUGUCUUUCACACAAAUACAAUACAAAGAAGCAGCAUGGAGGGAUGCUCUGCUGUGUCGUCCAUACAUAUAUAUAUUUUUUUCAUCUCACGGCCAUAUGAUGCAUUGUUUUCGCUUUUCGUUAGAUUGUAUUAUUUCACUGUGAAACAUUAAAAAUAAAAAGGAUAUUUUAUGGCC